AAUCAGUCAGUGCGACGACGACCUGCCAGACCAACAGACUGCUGCUCGUGAAAGGCCAUUCACAGAGCAGGGGAAAAAAAGUGAAACAACGACCAUCAAAACAUCCCAUCAGAGUUCACUUUCCGUUCCAUCGUCGCCUACUACUGCAAGUGCAAGAAAAAGUCCUUGGUGACAGCAACUAGGUGCGAAAAAGCAACAACAAAACCAUAUCCCGAUUCCGUCGUCAGCAAAGGAUGUAGCUUUGGUUUUGUAGUUUCGACGCGAGAGCAUCGUUAAAUGGAAAGAAACUUGGCUGAAACGAGCAGCAAUCGGGUACCGUAAGAACCGGAAGCAGUAGGCGGAUUUUCUCGAAACCCCCGGUACCAAAACAACGCCUCCAAGCUGGAGAUGUUCAACCGGUUGAAGAACCGCGUCCUGACGGUGGUCGGACCGGACAUUCCGGCGCUGCCGUCCAGCGGCACGGGGAGUGGUGGAGGAGGAAGUAGUGGACAUCACCACCACGGACGGGGCGGCGACGAUCACCACAAGGGAAGCUUACCGGAAAAGUUCCGGUACGCGCGGCCCCAGUUCCUGCAGCUCCUCACGUACGACGAGCUCAAGGCCAGCGCCGACCACAACGUGCGGCCAAUCAUCGUGCCGCGGGACAUAUCGCUGCUGCCGUGGAGCACCGGCUACGCCGAGUGUGUCAACUCGGGCAAGUCCGAGUGGAACGAGGACCAGGCGGCGUUCCACCGGCAGGUGCUGUCCCACCCGUCGAAGCAGUACCACGACCUGCCGUACACGUACUUUGGCACGUACGACGGGCACGCCGGGUACGGAGCGGCACUGGCCGCCUCCAACCAGUUCCACCACAUCCUGCACGAGAAGCUGGUGGACAUCAUCGAUCUGCUGAUGCCCCGGGUCGAGAGUGACGACCCGGUGGCGAUCGGACCGGGCGUGGGCCUCAGCGCGAUCCUCCCCCAUCCGAUUCUGUUCCACAAGCAGGUAUCGAAGGACGAACUGAUCGUGGGAGCGCUGGAAGCGGCCUUUGCCGACAUGGACGCCGUCCUAGCGGAAGAUCGGGACAAGUACCGAAACGCGGGCGGAUGUACGGCCCUGGUUGCCCUCUUCAUCCUGGGCAAACUGUUCGUAGCGAACGCGGGCGAUUCCCGAGGUGUUCUCUGCAAAAGAGUCCACCGCAAGCGAGCUCCGAACCUGAGGCCACCCAGCUUCCACGAGGAAGGCAUGAACGGAGACGCAACUGGCGCCGCCGGCCCCGAAGAAGAAGACGACGAGUACCUGGUGUACGCUGAACCCUGCUCAUUCGACCACACACCCGAAACGGAACGGCCACGACUCCUCUCGGUGGGCAAGCUCAACCCGAACCUGAUGGGCGGCGAAUACGUCGCCAUGGAGUACGCCAAGAAGCCGAUGACCAAGGACCUCGGCACCCGCAUCCUCUACCGACAGGGCACCAUGAAGGGCUGGACCUACAAAACCCUAACCCGGGCGGAUCUCAAGAUGCCCAUCGUCACCGGCGAGGGCAAACGAAGCCGACUGCUCGGAACCAUCGGCGUAACCCGGGGCUUCGGCGACCACGACCUGAAAGCACUCGGCAGCGGUCUCCCAAUCAAACCAUUCCUAAGCUGUCAUCCGGACGUGGUCUGCUUCGACCUGGCCGCCGUCGAAACCGACCCCGACGCGGACAACGUCGACGGCGAGUACGGCGUACUGGUGAUGGCCACCGACGGCCUUUGGGACGUGACCUACUCCCAGAAGGUCGCCAACACCGUCUUCACCACGCUGAAAAAGUUCCCAACCGAGCGCCACCGGUACACGAUGGCCGCCCAGGAGCUGGUCGCCAAGUCGCGCGGCCGGGCCAACAUCAACGGGCACUGGCGGCUGUCCGAUUCGCGGGCCGCCGCCACCGUCGACGACAUCUCCGUCAUCGUCAUCCCCGUGCACCAGUACUACCUGGAGUACCUCGAGUGGAAGCGCUCGCUCCAGAAACCCAAACCGGCCCCCAUCACGACGCCGCUCGUGAUCGACCCGGCCCCGAUUUCAGCCGAGGAGGCCAUCUCCAGCGAGCGGCUCAGCUCCUCGUCCGAGUCGGAGGCGGCGCCGGCAGCGCCGGAAGCUGAAGCUACAACAGCGGAAGACGUCAAACAGUGAUUUUAUUAUUUUCGAUUCCAAAAUAUGCACGCAAACGGUUUGAAACCCCCGCGAAAAGAAGAAGAAGAAGAACAAA